GAUAUUUAUAUGCUAUUAAUAAUUAACAAUGGGUUUGAAAGAAAUGGAAAUGUGUCUUCUCUUUGAUUCCCAAUCAAACAACCAGAAGAAAUUGAUUUAUGGCCUCCCUGCUCGUUCCUCGGUCGCUAAAUGUCGUGAUCCUCGGUUUCUGAGGUUGGUUGCUCGUGCCGUUAUUCUGACGGUUAUUAUGGUUUCUUUUCCUUGGCUGAAUGUAUCAUCGUCAUCGUCGUGGUCUAAUAAUCUGAACCACGUCUUUAAUGAGGGUAUCGUCGAAAAGCGCGACCGUGUUAUUCUGGUUACUAGUAGUGACAGCAACAAUGACGUUGCAGUUGCGGCGUCUGAUGAUGUCAUAAGACGCCGCAACGGUCUGAAGGGGCGGCGGCUACUUGCGGCGACGGAAUCGGACGCCAAGGCCGCGGCCCUCGAGAGGCUCGAAGACUUCCUGCUCGAGCCGCCGAGGGCGGCGUCGGGGAAAUCAAACGCGUACAGGAAGAAGACGAGGUACUUGCCGGAGCUGAUGGGCGUCUCCUUGGAGGACUACCCAAGGAGAGUGUUCAUCGACGUGAGCUAUAUGUCCGGGGACAAGAGCGCGGCCGCGGCCGCGUCGGAGUGGUUUGCGAAGCACUACCCCGCGGGGAACACGGAGUUCGAGAUGUUCCAGANGGUGGCGGAGGUGGCGGAGGAGAUGGUGAAGAGCAGGGCAAUCAGGCUGGUGGAUGAGCUUUUCUUGGAGUGCAAGCAUCAAGGAAUCAAGAAGGGGGGUGAGAAAAGUAGGAGGGCAUAUUGGGAAUGUUUAGCUUUAUAUGGUAUGCUCAGGGAUGAAGGUGUUGCAGUCCACCAAUGGUGGGGUUAAAAAUAUUACUGCCAGUACCAAUUUAUGGUUAUGUAAAUAAACUGUGAAAGGGUUUGUUUGUUUGUUAUGUGACAUUUUUUUAGGCCUGAAAAAAAAAUGUUUUCCCUGUUUUGUAUGCUUCUUUUUGAGUUACGUAUAUUUAUUGCCCAAAACCUUUGGUUCGUUACUGGAGUUAUUAUAAAUUAUGAGCUUUUUAACUAAAGUUUCUUAGUUAUA